AUGGGAGUAUGGACGUUUUUGUUGUUCUUAAUAAUACUACUCAAGAGUGAUGUUGCAUGUUCUAAUUACUUGAUUGGUCUUGGAAGCUAUGAUAUUACUGGUCCUGCUGCUGAUGUUAACAUGAUGGGGUAUGCUAACACAGAACAGAUUGCAUCCGGGGUUCACUUCCGGUUAAGGGCUCGCGCUUUUAUUGUCGGUGAGCCUAAGGGUAACAGGCUAGUGUUUGUUAAUCUUGAUGCUUGCAUGGGUUCACAGCUUGUUACUAUCAAAGUACUUGAGAGACUUAAAGCAAGAUAUGGUGACAUAUAUACAGAAAAUAAUGUAGCUAUUAGUGGAAUUCACACGCAUGCUGGUCCCGGGGGUUAUCUCCAGUAUGUUGUGUAUAUCGUAACAUCUCUUGGAUUCGUUCGCCAGUCAUUUGAUGUUCUUGUCGAUGGCAUUGAGAAAAGCAUUGUUCAGGCCCAUGAAAAUCUCCGCCCAGGAUCAAUUUUUGUCAAUAAGGGUGAAAUUUUAGAUGCUGGUGUUAAUCGCAGUCCUAGUGGUUAUCUCAACAAUCCUGCUGAAGAGAGAAGCAAAUAUAAAUAUAAUGUCGAUAAAGAAAUGUCUCUUUUAAAGUUUGUUGAUGAUGAGUGGGGUCCUGUGGGAAGUUUCAAUUGGUUUGCUACUCAUGGAACUUCAAUGAGUCGUACAAACUCAUUAGUUAGCGGGGAUAAUAAGGGUGCUGCUGCGCGAUUUAUGGAAGACUGGUUUGAGCAAAAAGGUUCUGUGAGAAAAGAUUCUGUUGGAUUUGAAGAUGACAGCUUACCUCGAAGAAUUUCAAACAUCAUUCCCAGUCUUAAUAAUAAUCACCAUGAAUUACUGGAACUUGCUGCCUCGUUCCAAUCUCCUCCUGGUAGACCAGCAACCAAAACUUCGAGUGUUGCUAGACGUGUGAGAGGUGUUCUUAGGCAGGACGGCAAACCUAGAUUUGUAUCUGCAUUUUGUCAAUCCAAUUGCGGUGAUGUUAGUCCAAACGUACUUGGAGCCUUUUGUACAGACACUGGACUACCUUGUGACUUCAAUCACAGCACAUGUGGAGGGAAGAACGAGCUAUGCUACGGCAAAGGACCCGGUUACCCCGAUGAAUUUGAAAGUACACGUAUUAUAGGGGAGAGACAGUUUAAAAGAGCAGUGGAGUUGUUUAACGGAGCAUCCGAACAGAUUAAAGGAAAGGUGGAUUUUCGACAUGUGUACUUAGAUUUCUCCAAGCUCGAGGUAAAUGUUUCUAUCGCAGGAGCUUCUAAGAUAGUAAAGACAUGCCCUGCUGCAAUGGGAUUUGGAUUUGCUGCUGGAACAACUGAUGGACCUGGAGCAUUUGAUUUUAAGCAAGGUGAUGAUCAGGGGAAUCCUUUCUGGAAACUGGUCCGCAACGUACUGAAAACGCCAGACAAGGAACAAAUAGACUGUCAGUAUCCAAAGCCUAUUUUGCUCGAUACCGGUGAAAUGAAGCUUCCAUAUGAUUGGGCUCCUUCAAUACUUCCACUCCAGAUCCUUCGAAUUGGACAGUUUGUUAUUCUUAGUGUACCAGGAGAAUUUACAACAAUGGCUGGGAGACGGCUUCGUGAUGCAGUGAAGACAGUGCUAAGUGGUGACAAAAGCUUUGGUAGCAACGUUCAUGUUGUUAUAGCAGGGUUGACCAAUACUUAUUCACAGUAUGUGACCACAUUCGAGGAGUACGAGGUGCAAAGAUACGAGGGUGCUUCGACGCUUUUUGGUCCCCACACUUUGACUGCAUACAUUCAGGAGUUCAAGAAGUAG